AUGGCUUUGGAACUUGGCGCGGUCUACACCGAGCUGGAGUUGCGCUGUGGGGGCACGCCUGCGCGGCAGCGGCAGCUGGCGUGCUCCCGGACGGACAUCCGGAUGGACGCAAAGAAGCUGGAGAACCAGCAGCUCUUCAAGCUGGUCUCUCUCGAUUCAGCUCUCAAUGGGACUGGUUCUGGGGCGCCUGAGCGGGGAGGUGGGACCGUUCAGAAGCGCAAGCGCAUCGGUUCACAGCCGCAGUGGGUGCGCCCACCACAAGCCCGAGCUGGGCGGGCUAUGGACGAAGAUCCGGGGAGGCGCCGACGCAUCGCGGAGCUCCUGGCCGGGCAACUGCUGGAGAAGAAGAGGUUGCUCGAUGCAGAUUUGCUGCUGGUACUGACGCAUGGCGACGUCCUCGCGGAGUGUUUGCGGCAGAAGACCUUCUCGUUCGCCUCGAUCAGUUUGGACAUCAAUCACCGCGCCGCGCGACAUAGGGACCAGAACAAUAGUGGACCCUCUGCCAUUGCGGCCGUCGGGCCGUUCCAGGGCGGCGAGCUGCUCUACUUGGCCCCGUGCCUUGGAGAGAUGGGCUAUGAUAGGUUCCCAGUGUUGCUUCCAGCUCCCUCGUUUACCUUACGUGAGCUCUGCGGGGCGUGCUGCGGGACGGCCCCCCGCGGGAGCGCCGUGCGAGGGGCCGCCGGGGUUCGCCUCGUGAGGAUGCAAGAGAUGCCGAUGUUUUGGCCCGACGAGGUCCCGGGCCUUGGCGUUCAUUGGGGUUUGUCUACCGAGGGCGAGCUCUGUGUGAAGCCCUUGGCCGUAGACUUCUCAGAGGCCCUUGGCAGGUGUCUGGACUGGGCAUCGGACUGGGCGUCUGUCGAACGUCGAGAGCAGCAAGAGGAGAUCUUGCCCAAUGCAGCCUGUUUCCGCGUGGACACCCAGUUUGCGAAGUCGGACGGUAAGCCUCACCGAGCCAGCUUGAUUUCUUUGAUCUUAGACAAUGCUGGGCAACAGCUGAUGGGCCUGGCCCAGCACUAUGUGGCGAAGCUGCAGCAGUUGGCGAAUGAGUUGGAGAGAGACGUGGAGACGGUACGAGAUCGCCUCAUGAAGAAUGAGAGUGACCUGAAUUUCGUCCGGCAGGAAUGCUUCCAAGAAGAGCGUGAGGGAAUUCGGCUCCAACAAGAGCUAGAAGAAGAGGUCUUCUCCACCGGCCGUGGUCGUGACCCUCACGCGGCGCUCCGCCUCCGAGGACAGUUGGAAGGAGACGCUUGGGUAAAACCAACUGCAGCAGCUUGGACGCUGCGGUUCUCAGUGAUCUCGCGGCUGGAGGUCUCAGUACUCGACGUGGGGCUGUGGGGCGAAGAAUUUGGCACCGGCACCUUUUGCGGCGGUGCUCCGCUGCUGUUCAAGCGGAGUGGACGAACGUUCGCAGCGGGGCGCCUGGCCACGGACCCCAACUUCGCAGCGAAUGUUGGGGAGGCAACUGAGACGGUGAGGAGCGACCACGCCCAAAUCCCUCGUUUGGCUCCUGGCUUGAACGUCGCAGAUCCUCGUGUGUCCUUGGAAAUCGCACAGGUGAGCGCCCUGAGAUUCUCUGGACUCACGCAAUACCGCGAAUUCUGGGACAAUUUUCGAUCUGGAGUAGAGCUGGUGAGUGCCUCUGCCAUCAGCGAGGUGGUGAAUGUGGUGCAGUCUGGCUUAUACUUGCGGGUCCGCUGGCGGUUGAUCAUGAAGCCGAAAGAUGUCUUCUCCGGCGCUUUGGGCGGGGUGCAAGCCGCCCAAGGAGCCUUUGGCAACCUGCGACAAGCGGUGCCGAAGGAUUUGCCCUUCCAAGCGAAUGAUUUCUUCCGCCAAGCCGAGCAAUGGACCUCUCAGGCCUCCGCCGCGGCGGCCGAGGCCGCCCGCGACGCGUCGGAGGCCGAGAGGGUGGUGGAGUUCAACUCCAUCUACGAGCUCGAUUGCUGGAGCGGGCGGAUUGUGAAGCACACCUUGGAGUUCCGAAGCCCCGAAGAAAAUUUCGAUCUGCUGGGCACCUUGGCAGGAAUGCCCGCACGAUGA